AUGCCAGUCACCAUCAAAUGGCUUUCACGACCACUGUGGAAAGGAAAGCUGGCACCAAAUGUCACCAUGAACCAAUUGGAAGGUAUUCUAGAAGCCACCAUGAUGCCAGCGCUUUGCCCAGCUAUGCCUAGAAUGAUCCACAACGGAAAGAGAGCCACAGGACCACUCCAGGUGGGAGAAGUGAAGAUCUCAGCACACGCAGAGUCCAUCCUCAUCCACAUUGGGCAUUCACUUGUAGGUGGGGGUAAGAAACAUACGAGAACACAAAUCAAGAAUGCCAUUGCAUCCACAUUGCUGGAAAAUGGUUUUGACCUGAAAUGGGUAACAUCCGCGGUCGAAGAUGUACUUACCAAAGCAGGAUCCACGCAAGCCAUGUAUGCAGCUCAGAUGCCAGGGGGGACCAACCGAUUUGAGAAAGUGAUCCAACUCAUCAAAGACUGCCAAAUCGACAUCCCCAGUGAAAAACUCAAGCAAGCAGCCAAGCAGACAGCACACAACAUCAGCACCAAACAGCGCAAGAUGCAGCCUGUUGCACCAGAUCCGACACAGUACCGUAUGGUCCCAGGAUAUUUGCUCAACACAGAUGGCACUGCAGCACAACAGAUCAAUCAAUUGACAUCGUCAGCAUGCGGAGUCAUCCUCAUGUCUCACCAAGAUGCCAUGCCAUGGUUACGGGAAGGUAAGACCAUAAGCAGGGACGAACUUGCCAUGUUUGUGCUUGGUAGCCCAGUUGAGAGCCAGCAAUUGCAUGUACAGGUACUGCACCUCCCCUGUCGAGAUGCCCAAGAUCGCCAGGUAAUCCUGUCAGGCUCACUUGUUCAGUUGGGUGCGAAGCCGGUCAGUCCUCAGGAAGAUAAAAGCAAAAAAGUCGACCUGCAAGAUUGCCAUGUGGUAUCCAUGACACUUUGGAAGAGCGACUUCCCGGAGGACGAGUGGGCCAAGCUCAUCUCGCACACUUUUGCCACACUCAAAAACAUGUUGGGUGAACACGGAACCAAAGAGCAUGUCACAGCAAUGUGGGGCAGGAGCUUGAGAGGGACACACGGCCCAUCCAAUGAAGCAUCAGCCAAGUCCAUUCAGGUUCACGCCACUGUCACAAAAGAUACUUUGAUUCCCAUGUUAGUGAAGUCUGGAUUCAACAAGAUCUUCAUCAAUCCAAAGUCUGACUCAGGACGCCCACAAGAACAGUUUCGUGUACUAUGGAUUCAAGGGGACUUGGCGCAUGUGACAGCCACAGCCGCCAGCACAGAAAACUGCUGCGGACUCAUCAGAGGCAAACGGUCAUAUGGGCUCCGCUACACACAGGACGGAUUCAAGCUGGCAUGGACAAACCUCCACCCAGGUGAAGAGGUUCCAGAGCAGUUAGGUCCCCGCACCUGGUUGAUCACAAGUGCCGACCAACCACCCGAGUCCAAUGAAGGACCCAUCGAAGCCAAGUUUAAGCAGCAGGUGCAAUCCAAUCAGCUCAACCAGAACUUAGCCGAGAUCAAAGCGCUUUUGAUGAAGCCAUCAAAGCGCGAAAGAGAAGACAGCUUGGGUACACCAUGUUGUGGUCCGAUCCUGUCCCGCCGCAGCGGCAAAGAGUUGAUUUUCAACCUAGCGAAAGAGGGCGUGCUGGAGGUACCACAGAUCGAAUUGCUGCUAACAAUGGAACAGCUCCUUCAGCAUGAAGUAGAUGCUAAGGUUAGACAAGAUGCCAGCACUCGUGCCAAGCUGAUACAAUGGAACAACCAGCAAGACCACACCGGACACAGGUCCAAGGCUUUUGCCACAGCCAGAGGGUUGAAAAAACCUUGUUUACACACAGUUGCCGAGCAGUUGCAAGAACAGGGUUUGAUCACACACACCCAUACAGAAGACAACAAUACCAUAGUGGAACUUGCUGUCUGGCAAGGACACCGUUUUGACAUCGCCUUUCCGGUGCAACUGGACCAACUCAGCUGCACACUGAUUGAUACCAAUGAGCACUACAUCACAGUAAGGAUCCCAGCAGGGACACCACAGCCAGACGGAGAGCGUACCGUCACACAGUUGAAACACUACACCCAGAUUGGGGAUGUAUUUCAACAACUCAACCAAUACUGGAUACCUUUCUGGCAACGCGAACCAGCACAGGAUGCGAUGACUGAAACAGACAUCGCUGACUUCGACCAGCUGGUUGCCGCACUGCCUAAUGACAUCCCUGACCUACAAAUUGAUACCCAAAAUGUAGACCUUUGGAUGUACAUUAUCAAAACUACCAAAAGCCACUCAGCACCAGGUACAGAUGGAAUCCAUGCCAGCGACCUGCAAAUGCUCCCAAAAGCAGCCAUAAGUGACCUGGUAACCGGCUUCCUGAAAGGCCGCGGGGCCUAUGAGGCGGCAUAUGACACGCAGCAAUGGCUGGAGCAGCUCGCCCACCAAAAGACCAGCCGGGCAGGCGCCACCUUAGACCUUGUUAAAUGUUUUAAUCUCAUUCGAAGAAAAUUUGCCAGCCGUGCCCUCCGAGCAAUCGGCUGCCCUGACCAAAUUGUACUCAAAUGGGAAGAAACUACUAAGGGCCUUAAUAGGUACUGGGAAAUCCAAGGGGAAGUUAGUGAUAAAAUCACCUCCACCACAGGAUGCGCAGAAGGAGACCCCAUCUCCGUAGUUGUCAUGAUUGCCAUCGCAGCACUCUGGAUAUUCCAAACACCACAUACAGCCAAUGGAGUGCGCAUUAGCGCCUUUGCAGACAACUGGAGCUGGGCAUGCACUGAUCAUGCCAGACAUGCACCCAUAGCCAAAGCAACCUUAGAAAUCUGUCGACAGGCAAAGCUGCAAGUUGACCUGAAGAAGACCUGGAUCUGGGCAUCCGACCCGAUCGCAGAAACUGAAAUUCAAACAGCAGCAGCAACACUUCAUCCUGACCAGGCUGCCCCAGCGAAGGUCCACACAGCAAAGGACCUAGGACUACAAAUGCAAUAUACAGGGUCGGCGAAACUCGGCAAUCUCCACACCAGAAUGGAAGAAGGCAAGGCCCGCCUCCAGAGGAUCAAACACCAACAAUGGCCUCUGGAGGUGAAGGCACACGUCAUCAAGGCCUCAGUGUAUCCUGCGAUGUUUCAUGGAGCGGAAAUAACACCCAUAGGCCAAGAGCAUCUGACCAAAAUCAGGCACCUGGUUGCCGAGUCCUUGUUGAACACGUCCUCUAGAUGCAUGUCGCCAGCUAUUUUGCUCAUGUUUUCACAACACAUGCUACUGGAUCCAGGCCUGCAUGUCAUCAUCCAGUCCAUGAAGAAAGCACGCCAAUGGCUGGUUCGAGCCAGCGAAGCGGAACGCCUUGCCUUCCUAACAACAGCCUCCAGGCACAGAGCCAUCAUAGGCACCACUAAGGGGCCAGCAGGCACCCUGAAAAGUAAUAUCCUCCAACUGGGUUGGGCAAUUACAAAGGAAGGGGAUAUUCAAGUCGCCAAGCACCUAACACUCAACAUCUUACAAUCCACCAUUCAAGACCUAACCUAUUGGGCCCAACAAGCAUGGAAUGAAACAGCAGUCAAAAUACAUACCAAACGAUUUACCUUGUACUCAUAUCCAGAAGCGGAUGUGCCCGCGACAGUACAGGUUAUCAAAAGGUUCCCAACAGCCGAUCAGAGAAAACUCCUGCAUGAAAUAGGACAAGCUUUCCAGACGGAGCAUCAAAAAGCCAAGUAUGAUGGUACCUGUGACGGUACCUGCCCUCUAUGCCAAGAACCAGACUCUAAGGAGCACAGGUUUUUGCACUGCCCAUCCAUGCAGGAGAUCAGAGCAGAACAUGCAGCAGCAGUUGCACUCCUUCAGGAAGAAUGCCCAGGCUGGAUUGACUGGCCGGUGUUAUACAAACAUGAAAUGCAUGAUUUUAUCCAUGCCUUAAGGCACAGCCUUCCGGAGGCAGUCAUGCCGGCACAGGCGUGCCAACAGCUGGCCCAGAUGAACCAUGCAUCCGGCCCUUACCUGUACUCCGACGGGAGCUGCAGGUACCCAGCCGCGACAGAAACCAGGUUUGCAGCAUAUGCCCUGAUCGCAGAUGUGGCCCCUGACGAUCAGUGUAGACAAGCACAAGCAAUGCGAUUUCUAACAACCCAAGAGCACCCAGACACACUCACACCACUGGCACAUGGCCGCCUGCCAGAUAAACAAACCAUCCAUCGUGCGGAACUCAUGAUCAUAGUAUUGGCUACCGAGACACUUCCUGCAUUCCAGCUCUACACCGACAGUUCGGUGGCAAAAAGUGCGUUUGAAAAAGCUACAAUGGCUUCCUCCACCCAAUCCUUUAUAGAUAAUCCACACUAUGAUCUCAUGUGCAGAAUCUUUGUUGCCAAAAAACAGGGCCACAAGGUCCACAAAAUUAAGGCGCACAGGGAGCUGCAAAAGCUCACAGAUCUUUUAGAUAUCUAUCAUGGCUUAGGAAACCAAAAAGCGGAUAGCCAAGCCGCACAUGCCCUGAAUACAUCCAUGCCGGAGAUCCUGUCCGAACUGGAAGCAUACCAUGUAAGUGUCCACCAGGACCAAACCCACCUGAGUCAAGUUUUCAACUAUAUCCUUGCGUUGCAGAAUGCGAGAGCCCGAGCACAAGCAGUAACCAAGGCAUAUAUGCCCACAGAAGAAGUCCAGAAUGAUCCUGUAAGUUUUUUGGGAGCAUGGACUGCAGAUGAACUUUGGUCUCCGCCGAGACGCCAACUACAAAACCAGGGGCUCAGAGAUUGCGCCUUUGGGCUUCAAGUCGCAUGGGCAUGUCAGCAAUGGUUGCUCACGUGCAAAUGGCCCACAACAUACGUGGGCCCCCAAAACAAAGUGGUAGGUAUUUCUUGGAUCGAGGUGGCACUGGCCAUCAUGAAACACUUGCGUGCAUACCUCCCGGUGAAACGCCAAAACACUGACGGGGACACCUACGUCAUCUUCAUCACCAACUAUGCACAGGCGCGCGCGCAUCAGGUAACCAUGGUUGAGCAGAGCGAAACGGCUUGUGGCCUGGUCAAACAGGUCCUUGAUCUUAUUCCAGAAAGACUGACUCCUGCGGUACCUUACGGCCAAGUCAGAUCCAUGUACAUGUUAGGUGAUACAGGAUUUCGCAGUGGUUUUCAACUUCGCCCGGAGUUUGAGGGACAACGGGAAGUGGCACUGCAAGCGCAGUGGUACCUUCAGAACGGGAAAGCGUUACCCAGGCUUUUUGAACAAGACUGCAGACAAUGGGAAUGUGACCAAAAGAAUGCGGGUAUGACCUGGGAUAAACGCAUGCAGGUGACGAAACAACGGCAGAAGCUGGUCGCGGACGUUCGAGGCGCUUAG